GGUCAGGGAAGUCCUUCUCCAUGAUGGGGAAUAAGAAGGCUCCAGGGCUGAUCCCCAGGCUGUGCUGCUCCCUGUUUGAGAGGAUCGGCCGGGAGGACAGCCAGGUUCUCUCCUUCAAGGUGGAGGUCUCCUACAUGGAGAUAUACAACGAGAAGGUCCGUGACCUGCUGGACCCUAAAGGGAGUCGUCAGUCUCUGAAGGUCAGAGAGCACAAGGUUCUGGGUCCGUAUGUGGACGGUCUGUCACAACUGGCGGUCACCAACUUUGAGGACAUUGAGGUGUUGAUGUCGGAGGGGAAUAAGUCGAGGACGGUGGCAGCCACCAAUAUGAAUGAGGAGAGCAGUCGUUCCCACGCCGUUUUCAGCAUCAUCGUCACACAGACACUCUACGACCUGAAGUCUGGGAACUCAGGGGAGAAAGUGAGCAAGAUGAGCCUGGUGGAUCUGGCUGGUAGUGAGCGUGUGUCUAAAACUGGAGCUGCAGGGGAGAGGCUGAAGGAGGGCAGCAACAUCAACAGGUCUCUUACCACACUGGGCUGUGUGAUCUCUGCGCUGGCGGACCAGUCUGCAGGGAAGGGGGGGAAGAAUAAGUUUGUUCCUUACAGAGACUCUGUCCUCACCUGGCUUCUCAAGGACAACCUGGGUGGCAACAGUAAGACGUGUAUGAUCGCCACGGUGAGCCCAGCAGCUGAUAACUACGAGGAGACGUUGUCCACGCUGCGUUACGCAGACCGCGCCAAGAGGAUCGUCAACCACGCCGUGGUCAAUGAAGACCCCAACGCACGGAUCAUCAGAGAGCUCCGGGAGGAAGUGGAGAAACUCAGAGUGCAGCUCUCUCAGGCUGAGUCUCUAAAGGCUCCAGAGCUGAAGGAGAGGCUUCAGGAGUCAGAGAAGCUGAUCCAGGAGAUGACCGUUACCUGGGAGCAGAAACUACGCAACACAGAGGAGAUUGCUACGGAGCGUCAGCAGCAGCUAGAGAGUAUGGGGAUCUCCCUGGAGACGUCUGGGAUCAAAGUUGGAGAUGACAAGUGCUUCCUGGUCAACCUGAACGCAGACCCCGCCCUCAAUGAGCUGCUGGUCUACUACCUAAAGGAACACACGCGUGUUGGUGCAGACACCUCUCAGGACAUCCAGCUCUUUGGGAUUGGUAUCCAGUCAGAACACUGUGUGUUGGAGAUCAGCCCAGACGGGGGGGAGGUCACCCUCACCCCUAUAGAGAAUGCCAGAACCUGUGUGAAUGGAACCAUGACUGUGUCCUUGGUCCACCUGUGGCAUGGAGACCGCAUAUUGUGGGGCAACAACCACUUCUUCAGGAUAAACCUGCCUGGGAGGAAGCGACGUGAGCGUCUAAAGGAGCUGGAGAGGGAACGGGCGUCCCCCAGGGAGAGCUAUGUAGAGGUAGACGUAGAGACAGCAAGCGAGGCCUCCUCAGAACAGGACUACAGCUAUGAGUUCGCCCAGACGGAGGUCAUGAUGAAGACCCUUGGAAACAACGAUCCCAUGCAGAACGUGGUCCAGGUUUUAGAGAAGCAGUACCUGGAGGAGAAACGCACAGCGCUGGAGGAACAGAGGAUGAUGUAUGAGAGAGAGCUGGAGUCACUACGGCAACAGCUGUCUCCUGAGAGGACCAAUCAGCAUCAGCGAUCCAGCAGCGACCGCCUCACCUUCCCCACACACACACCAUCACACCACAGCAAGAUACGCCCCUGGACUGAGGAGAGGGACGAGCUGUUUCGUCAGAGUCUGUCCAGGCUGAGGGAGCAGGUUGUCAAGGCCAACACCCUGGUGAGAGAGGCCAACUUCCUGGCAAAGGAGAUGAACAAACGGACUGACUACCAGGUCACCCUCCAGAUCCCUGCAGCUAACCUCAGUGCCAACCGCAAGCGUGGAGCCAUAGUGAGUGAACCAGCCAUCCUGGUGAGGUGGAAAGGGAAGGGGACACAGGUCUGGACCAUCGACAAGCUGGACAACAAACUAGUGGACAUGAGAGACCACUACAGAGACUGGAAGGAGGGAGCUGAGGACACGCAUACCAAGCUGAACAACCACAAGCAGCACAGUGAGUCCUUCUAUGAAGCUCAGGAGAACCACAACCUGAUAGGAGUGGCCAACGUCUUUCUGGAGUGUCUGUUCCACGAUAUCAGACUACAGUACGCUGUUCCUAUCAUCAGCCAGCAGGGGGAGGUAGCCGGCAGGCUCCACGUAGAGCUGAUGCGUGUCAGCGGGGCGGUGCCGGAGCGGCUGGAGGGGGGAGAUGACUCGUCAGAGAACUCCAGUGAGAGCAGCAUCUACGAUGUGAUGGACACUCAGGGAGAGAUGGUCCACAUGGCCAGGAAACUCACCUGCAGGGUGCGUAUCAGGGAGGCCACGGGGCUGCCUCUCAACCUGUCCAACUUCGUCUUCUGCCAAUACACCUUCUGGGAGGGG